AUGGCCACGCCGCUGCUCCUCGCCUCCCGCGCCGCCCACGCCACCGCCUACGCCUCGCAGCACCUCACCGCCUCCACCUCCAAGGAGCCCCCGCCGCGGGUGCGGCCCAAGCGCGCCGGCCCCGGCCCCGGCAGCACCACCAAGUCCCUCGUCCUCUCCCACGCCGCCGCCGGCCGCCUGGACGACGCUCUCGACACCCUCGAAUCCUCCGGAAGCCAGGACGCGUUCCUCCACAACGUCCUGAUCCGGGCCUUCGCCGACGCGGGCCUCCCGGCGGGCGCGCUGGCAGCCUACCGCGCCAUGCUCUCCGCCGGCGCGCGCCCCGACCGCUUCACCUUCCCCGUCGUCCUCAAGUGCUGCGCGCGCCUGGGAGACCUCGAGCACGGCCGCGCCGCGCACUCGGCGGCGAUCAGGCUCGGCGCGGCGGGCGCCGACCUGUACACGGGCAACUCCCUCCUCGCCUUCUACGCCAGGCUCGGCAUGGUGGGCGACGCCGAGAGGGUGUUCGACGGAAUGCGGGUCCGGGACCUCGUCACCUGGAACUCCAUGGUGGACGGGUACGUGUCCAACGGGCUCGGCGCGCUCGCGCUGGACUGCUUCCGCGAGAUGCCCGACGCGCUGCAGCAUGACGGCGUCGGGAUCAUCGCCGCCCUCGCCGCCUGCUGCCUCGAAUCAGCACUGACGCAAGGGCGGGAGGUCCACGCCUACGCGAUCAGGCACGGGCUGCUGGAGCGCGACGUCAAGGUCGGCACCUCGCUCCUCGACAUGUACUGCAAGUGCGGCGCCGUCGCGUGCGCCGAGAGCAUGUUCGCGUCCAUGCCGUCGCGGACCGUGGUGACCUGGAACUGCAUGAUAGGCGGGUACGCGCUGAACGGGCAUCCCGGCGAGGCGUUCGAUUGCUUCGUGCGAAUGAAGGCGGAGGGGCACCAGGUGGAGGUGGUCACCGCUAUCAACCUGCUCGCUGCCUGUGCUCAGACUGACAACCCGCUCUACGGAAGGAGCGUUCACGGUUUCGUCACCAGAAGGCAGUUCCUUCCUCACGUGGUGCUCGAGACUGCGCUUCUCGAGAUGUACAGCAAGGUUGGCAGAGUGAAAUCGUCUGAAGCGGUGUUUGGUCGGAUGGCGAACAAAACUCUGGUGUCGUGGAACAAUAUGAUCGCUGCCUACAUGUACAAGGAGAUGUACAGGGAGGCGAUCGCGUUGUUCCUGGACCUGCUGAACCAGCCUCUCCAUCCUGAUUAUUUCACCAUGUCGGCAGUGGUACCUGCAUUCGUUCUGCUGGGGUUACUGAGGCAAUGCAGGCAGAUGCACAGCUACAUUAUCAGGCUAGGUUACGGGGAGAGCACUCUCAUUAUGAACGCUGUUAUGCAUAUGUAUGCCAGGUGUGGUGACGUAGUGUCCUCAAGGGAGAUAUUUGACAAAAUGGCAGACAAGGAUGUCAUCUCGUGGAACACGAUGAUCAUGGGCUAUGCGAUUCAUGGUCAGGGGAGGACUGCAUUGGAGAUGUUCUCUGAGAUGAAAUGUAAUGGACUGCCACCAAAUGAGAGUACCUUCGUGUCUGUGUUGACUGCUUGCAGUGUCUCAGGCUUGGCAGAUGAAGGCUGGACGCAGUUCAAUUCGAUGCAACGUGAGUAUGGUAUGGUACCACAGAUUGAGCACUACGGAUGCAUGGCAGAUCUUCUGGGUCGGGCAGGUGAUCUUAGAGAGUUGCUGAAAUUCAUUGAAGGAAUGCCAAUUGCCCCAACAUUCAGGAUUUGGGGCUCCCUUCUGACUGCAAGCAGGAACAGGAAUGAUAUAGAUUUAGCAGAAUAUGCAGCAGAGAGGAUAUUCCAGCUAGAGCUAGAGCAUGACAACACGGGUUGCUAUGUUCUUCUUUCUUCCAUGUACGCUGAUGCUGGGAGAUGGAGGGAUGUGGAGAGGAUAAAAUCACUGAUGACCCAGAAGGGGUUGCAAAGGACGGAUGCGAGAAGCAUAGUCGAGCUUCAUGGCGUCACCUGCAGUUUUGUCAAUGGAGACAUGACACACCCUCAGAGCAAGACGAUUCAUGAAGUAUCUGACGUUUUGUCGAGAAAGAUCGGUGAAACGGAUGACCCAAGAAAUCAUUGUGAUCCUAUCUCGUUGACCUCAAGGAGAACGACAGUUCCUAACAAGCAUAGUGUCAGGCUGGCGGUCGUCUUCGGUCUGAUAUCAUCCGAGGCCGGAACCCCAGUUCUUGUCAAGAAGAACGUGCGGAUAUGCAACGACUGCCAUCAUGCGCUCAAGUUGAUAUCGAAAUAUUCAGGACGGAGGAUUGUUGUUGGCGACACGAAUAUCUAUCACGAAUUUUCAGAUGGCUCUUGCUGCUGUGGUGACUAUUGGUGAAUGUUGAUGACAAGCUUGGAUGCGUUUCAGCAAAAGCAAGACAAGGCCAGGAUGCAGAUAUUCUGUCAUGACAAAGCGCAACUGCAUGUCCCAGAUUCAGACCUCACACAGCUUCUGAAUUCUGAUGCCGUGCUACUACAGCACCGGUACAAAUCUUCAGAGAAGAUACACGAGAGAUGAAUUCGCAUGUAGUCAUCUCUUCCACUCGAAGAACAAUUUUGAGGGAAUGCUGCUGGUGCCGGAGAUCGCACAUUGGACGGGAAGAAGAUUCACCUUUUUGUACUAAUUGACAUUGUCGCAUUGACAUGAUGUACAAAGUCUGUUCUUUUCAACUGAAAUUUUUGGAGUUACAGGUAAUUCAGUGUAUAGUUGUAUAACAUACAUCAUACAUGGAUCAAUCAAAUGCAAAAUGAAAAUUGGUUUCCA